CAGGAUAUUCAGAUGGCAAAGAUGUCACACAUAUCGACGUCUAUAAAAGCCCCAUGAAUAUUCAUCAACCACGAUGCCGUCCAAAACACACAAGAGCACAGUAAGCAACCUAACCAAAACCCUCAAUUCUGAACACCUUCAGAAAUGAAAUACACCACCCCCGCCCUCCCUCUCCUCACAGUCCUGACCACCGCCCUCGCCCUCGCCCUCGCCUCUGCCCCAACCGAUCCACAGCGCAUCCUCCCCCCAAACUGGUCCUUCACCAUCUCCUCCCUCCUCGGCCCCGGCUGCCCCGACACCGGCAAAAACACCUCCUUGAUCCGCACCACGCGCCCCACCCACGGCACCAACACAAUAGACGGCUGAGAAAUCUACUACUGGUUCAUCGCCUACCCGUGGCUACGUGUCAAUCUCAGUACCGGACCGCGUCAUACCUGGUGCGAAGCCACCGUCGCCUACAAAGAGUUUGCGGAUUUGCAGGGGAAGGUGGAGGCAGAGGAGUAUAAGUUGAGGGUGCAUAAGAAUGGGACGAAGGGGUUACUGACGUAUAGGUUGGAUGAGGGGGUGCGGGUGUAUUGGGAUUUUGCGUAUUAUGAGGGGGAGGGGGUGAGGAGGAGGGAGGUAAUGUCCACCCUUUUUAACACCGUUUUCUUGUUGUGGCUAGGAGGAAGGGGAGGUACGGCAAAUU